UGUUACAAGUAUGUCUGACAGCGGUCACUUCGAAAAAAUUAUCAUGUUUUUAUUUUAAUAUUUAACCACUUGGUUGUAUUCUGAAGUUCUAUUAUUACUUUAUCAAGAUUUCUGAAUUGUUUUGGACAGUAUCCCAUCAGUGAAAUAAGGUAAUAGUGAUAUGUGGACCUGUAAAUCACAACAUUAACCAACAAAUGAUUUGUCAAUGAAACGGUAACAAGUUUAGACGCGAAUUUUGACAGUCUGUAAACAAGGUUAAAAAUCAACUCCAGAGGACUGCCUCCUUGCUGCCAUGAUGGAGUCCCCAACAGAUAUAAAAGUUACAUCCUCUUGUUUAUUUAGAGGAUCAGAAUAUAUUGUAACAAUGGAAGUAAAAGAUGGAGAAGAAUUAUUUAUAGAAGUAGAAGAUAGACUUACAUCUGAUCAGUGGAAGGCUUCUUUUGAUGCAACUUAUGUACAAGAUUUAACACAUAAAACUGGUAAUUUUAAACAGUUCCAUAUAUUUACAAGUAUGUUGGAAUCAGCAUUAAAUAAAAAUAGUGAUACAGUCUCGUUAGAUUUAUUAACCUUUGCUGACCUGGAAUCUUUACGAGCUAGAAAAUCUGGAACUACAUCCCAAUCAAUACCUGGAUCACGACACUCAACAUUAAACUCUAAGCGUUAUCUUAUACUCACAUAUACAGUAGAAUUUGACAGAAUCCAUUAUCCUCUACCUCUACCUUAUGUUGGUAAACCAGAUCCUAGGACAUUGCAAGAAUCUCUCCGCCAUUUACAGACUGAAAAUAGACGUCUUAAAGAUACAAGACCAUCUGAUUACAGAUCAAAAGAUUAUGAUAAACUUCAAAGAGAUUAUAAUAAAUUAUUAAAAGAAAAAGAAAACAUAGAAGAAGAAUUGUUUGAAAUGAAAAGACAGAUGAAAGUAACGUCGAAUGGUAGUACAGCUAAAGAUGUCAGAAUGUUAAAAGGUAUUGUCCGUAAUCUGGAGGAAGAACUUAUGAAGGAAAAAAAUAAAUAUCAAAGAUCGACAAGUAAACGUGGUCAGGAAUAUAGAGAACUUUUAGGAGAGGUAGAAGAAUUAAGAGCAUCAGAGAGAAAUUUACGUGUUCGUGUUAAAAGUUUAACAAAUGAGUUAGCAAUAUAUAAAAGAGAUAGAGCCAAGGUAGGUCAACGAUCGUUUCGACCAGCAUCAAGAGAAAGAUCGGGAGAGCGAUUUCCAUCUAUAGGAACUAACAGAUCGUUGUCACGGGAACGACCUCCAGCUAGGGGUAGGUCAACGUCUAGAGAUAGACCAUCAUCAGCUCCCAAUAGAAGUCGAUUAAGUGACAGAUCUCCAGGAAAUAGCUUUAUGUCCAGCAGAAGUCGUAUCAGUGAUAAAUCACCUGUUAGUCAAAGAAAUUAUAGAAGUCGUACUCCAUCUCCAGCAGGUAGUAGAGGUUCAAGAUUUGAUCCAUCAGCAUAUGUGAAGGAAAAGGAAAGGUUAAUGAAAGAAGCAAAAUUAAAAGCGGCUCGUCAGAAUCGUUCUAAUAUAUCUGGAGGUUCGGCUAGAUUAAGACCAUCACCCAACAGAAAUAAUAACAGUCAAUCAUCAGUAACAGGUAGAAAUAGAUCCAGAAAUUCAUCAUUAGGUAGUCAAGGUGAUUUUAGUGAUACAGGUGCCACAUCAGAUUCUUCCACACAAAGAUAUAGUAAACGCAGCAAUUCAAGAUCUAAAACCAGAACUAGUCGAACAAGCACAUAUUUAACUAGUCCAAAUAUGGGACGAAGUAAUAAAGAAAGGCAUACAACUUCCAGAAAACCAAGAGUUCUAGCUAGUACACCAGAAUCUGAUUGUGGUCGAACUAAAUCCGUUAGAAACAAAGACAUACCAGACAAAGAAUAUGGUCGAAGACGAACAACUAGGAAAAAGGGGGAUUAUACAGAUAGUACAUCAGAUAAAGAAGAUGAUGAUUUGAAUUGUUCAGAUGAAAUUAGUGAAAUAGAUGACCGGUUAAAUCGUUUACAAGAAUUAAUGAAAACAAGUUUAGGUUGAUGGAGAAACAGUAAUCUGUCAAAAUAUUACAUUCACAUUUAUACUGACUAUUAGAAGUCUUAAAACAUUUUCUAGACAUUUUAGAAGUUGUUAAUGGCAAAAAUACUUCUUCUCAGACAUUACUGGUGAUGCAGACAUCCAUUAAAGAGAUAAUCACACAUGUGUGCAUGCAUUUGGUUAAUUAAUCAAAUUAUUAUUUGUAAGUUGAAUACCAAGUUGAAUUUUGAGUUUUUAAAAUAUAUAAGUUUGAAAACAUUUGUUCGAUUUACAUUGGCAUUCUCUGAACUGUAAUUUUACUACUGGUAGAAUGAAGAUAUAUAUAUUAUAUAUAUAUAUAUAUAAUUGAAAUUAAAGAUGGCAAAAUAAAACUACAUUUUUAUGCUAAC